AUGGCCAUGGAGCCGCUUCCGCCGACGUCGGCACGAGGCUUGAAUCAGCAGCAGCAGCAGCAACAACAACAACAACUGCACUAUUUCAUGGACCGUGGUCGAGCCCCCCCGUCCAAACGAAGUCCAGAUCGAGUCACCAACGAUGUGACCGACAUCCGAGGCACCAGACCGUUGCUCAAGAACCACAUGUACGUCAACAAACCGCACUUCUACGAUGCGCACGAUAUCAAGGGAUCCACGAGCAUGGAGCUGCACCCGAAGCGCUGGCGUGCAGGAAGCGAUGAUCGAUUCAGACAGCUUCCCAUCGAGGGCACCACAUCACGACCAGCAGGGUUUCGAACGGAGCGCGUCGUGAAUCCAUUAGAGCCGAGCUACAAGCUCCCUUCCUUCACAAACGCGCCACCGAUUGAGCCAAAGUUCUUGCGCGAUAGCUAUAAUGUGGCCGAUAUCGAUGGCACAUCGAUCAAGGUCCGUGAUAUCCAACAUCCGCGAGAUGCCCUGAAGGAUGAUAUUGCAGGAGCUCAAGCAGGCUGGCUACCUCGUCAUAAGCGAGGACUGCGUGAGCAUCCCCGCCGGAAUAUUUUGAACGUACAGGAAUAUCACCAACGGCGACUUUAA